UGGUCAUAAAGUGUCAAAAAUGAUUUGGCAACAGGAUGAACCCAAAGUUAUAGAUGAGGAGAUGUUACAUCAGGCAGUUGAGGAACAGGCACCUCAAGGACAAGCUGGAAAGAUAGCCAAGGUAGAAGGCAUCAAAUAUAGUGAGGUUCUCCAUCUGCAACUGGACUACAAAAACAUUCUCAAGAUUUACCACCUCUGCCAUUUCACCUCUCUAACAAAACUUCAACUGGAUAAUAAUGUUAUUGAGAGAAUUGAAGGGUUAGAAAACUUGACUAAUCUGGUUUGGCUGGAUCUGUCAUUCAAUAAUAUAAAGGUUAUUGAAGGUUUGGACACUCUUGUGAAUCUUCAAGAUUUGAGUUUGUUCAACAACUGCAUUUCUGUGAUUGAAAACCUGGCUGCUCUUCAAAACCUGCAGAUCCUUUCUCUAGGAAACAAUGCCAUCGCUCAGCUUGAUAAUGUGAUCUAUCUAAGACAAUUUAAGAACUUACGCACUCUUAACCUCACGGGAAAUCCCAUCUGUGAUGAAGAGAAGUACAAGACAUUUGUAACAGCGUACCUUCCAGAUUUGGUUUAUCUUGACUACAGACUGUUGGAUGAACAGACGCGAGAGAUGGGCUUCACCAGGUAUCAGUAUGCUAUUGAAGAAAUGCAACAUGAUGAACAACAAGAGCAACAGGCAAUGGAGUCUGAGAAGAUCAACAACCAGAAGCUUCAACUGCACAAGGAUGCAUUUGUGGAGUUCUUGAAUGGACCUCAGUUAUUUAACAGCUUGUUUAGUGAUGAUCCUGAUGCAGCUAAACUGGCUCUCCUCCCAGGAAUGGCUGCACUGCUGGAAUCAUAUGAGAAGGAAAUGGAAGCUCUGUGUAUGAAGAUAUUUGAAGAAGGUUUGACUCAGCAUGCACAAAGACAGGCCACGGUCGAAUCCUUUUAUACCGUUUCCCGCGAGGCAUUGGCUGAAAAUCAACAGAAAUGCGCGCAAAUAGCAACUGACUUUAAAAGUUCCUGGAGACAGACAUUAGUGGAAAUCCAGCAGAUCACCGACAACGAGCUUCUUGAAGAUCACAUCAGUUCUUGCAAUGAGGAGAUAAACAAGCUCUCUGAAACCCUUAUGAGUCUGGAAGUGCACCUAGUGGAUCAACUGGAGGACAUCAUCAAAGACUUUGAGAGGAACAUUUCGGACAUGGUCGGAGGGUUCAUUGAAAAUGUGCAAGGGAUAUUCGCACAGUGCCGAGACUUAGAAAAUCAACACCAUGAGAAUCAGCUGGAGAUCGCCUUGGCAACACUGGAGAAGGUGGCCAAAAAUGAGCUAGAAGAGGAAAUGCCUGAUGAUGUGAUCAUGCUCUUUGUAGAUAAGGACACAGUGACCAAUGCAGUUAGUGCUUCUCAUGACACCCACCUGCUAAAGAUUGACAACAGAGAAGAUGAGCUUCUGACACGGAUCAACAGCUGGAGGGAUGGGCUGCUAAAAUCGUUACAUGAUAAAGAGGUGAAGAGGAAUCGCAGACGCAUCACAGAGAUCAGUAACUAUAUUAGUGAUCUGAGGAUCCAACUGGAGUUACCAAAGAACUAACAACAUUUUUCUUGAGUCAGAUAAUUUUUUAUUUUUUUGCUUAGAAUAGAAGUUAUAUAUACACAGCUGUUUGUUUUAUAAUCUAAUAAAAAGAUAAAAUUUUACCACAACUGUUUAUUAGUGUUGUUUUUUUUCUGAACAAUGCUGCCAUCUACAGAGAAGCACUGGUGUUGCAGCAAUAUUUGUGGGCGGUAAAACGGCGAGAGAGGCCGUUUCUCAAUACGAACGAAGGCUGCCGCCUGCGGAGGUCGAAUAUGAAGGCUG